CUUUGAAACUCCACGCACGGGUUGGACACAAACCUGGGUCUAGAAGAUUUUUGCCGGUUUUGCCUUUCAGUUACUCUAUGACCCGGUUAGUGCUAGCUUGCCAGCCGCACACCUCGACUAGACGCUAAGGGCAAAAGCUCAGAAAAGCAAUAACUUCCCUGGUGGCUUCCAGAGGGGCAGGAAUAGUGACGUGAUUAGGCCAGCGGCACCCUAGAGAUUUUUACAGACGUGGCCUGAUAACUAACGUUCCUGUAUGAUUUUGUGCCAAAAUGAAUGACCGCUAUUUAGAACAAAGAAUUAAUAUCAAAUUUUGUGUGAAAUUGAACAAGUCUGCAAGUAAGACGCACUAUCUUUGUAAAGAAGCUUGUGGGGAUGAAGAGAUGUCGAGGGCUUGAGUUUUUGACUGGCACAAAAGGUUUAAAGAAGGGUGGGAAGAUGUCAAAGAUGAGGCAUGAAGUAGCUGUCCAGUCACCCACAGGACGGAUGCAAAUAUCCAGAAGGUCAAGGUUUGUUCGAACAGGCAGUUAAUGGUGAGAAGGACGGCUGAAGAAUUACGUUUAGAUAAAGAAAUCAUUAGACUUGCCAGGCAACUCAUUCUGAAAGAAAACCUAAACACGAGAAAAAUCAAAGUUAGAGCGAGUAUUUUGAAGGAUCAACUUAAAUUUGGGAAGUUUGAAUGCCUGUCUGGUCAUAUAAAGGAAAUUAGGAACGCUAGCUUAAAUGUGAGGGAAGAGAUACCAAGUUCUGAGAUGUGGAGUUAUCUGUAGGAGAAAGCUGAUGGGGAAAUGUUUCUGCCUGUGUAGAAUCCUAGAAGCUACUCCCCUGCCAGCCAGCCUCUGCAGGGACCAUCCUUAGCAAGCAUCCCCACCAAGGUUGCUCAGGAUUGGUUCACAUCCUGGUGA